AUGGCCUCGAAAGCCAUGUGGGAGGUGGACCCGGAGACUCGUUCCAAGCUCCUCGCUAUCCAAAAAGAGUCUGGCAACUCCCUCUGUUGUGACUGCAACGCACCCUCGCCGCAAUGGGCAUCUCCAAAAUUCGGCAUCUUCAUAUGCUUGUCAUGCGCAGGCGUCCACCGUGGACUGGGAGUACACAUCAGCUUUGUUCGAUCCAUCUCCAUGGACGCCUUCAAGCAGACAGAGAUCGAGCGAAUGAGGCUGGGCGGAAAUGAGAAUUGGAAAAGCUUCUUCGACAAACACGAGACUACCAAGAUGACGGGCAUGAGCUGGGACGAUGCCACUAUUGCCGAGCGAUAUAGCGGGGAGGUUGGUGAGGAAUGGAAGGAGAGGCUGAGUGCCAAGGUGGAGGGAAGGGAAUACGUGCCUGGUGAGCGCAAGGCAGCACCGGCGAAGACCAACACGGGCAGUGUCUCAAGGUCGGCGACGCCCCUGAGCGGCACCGCAAACAACAGCGGCAGCAGCAGGCCGCAAAGUCCCGGUGCAAGCGGUGGAAAGGCAAAGGUGGAUGACAAAUACUUUGAGGGCCUUGGGGCUGCCAAUGCGGCGAGGCCAGAUCAUCUGCCGCCCAGCCAGGGUGGUAAAUACGCUGGGUUUGGAAAUACGCCUGCGCCAGCUGCCCAAGAGGAAGGGCUACCGAAAUUCGAUGAGCUGCAGAAGGAUCCUCUAGCAGCGCUGGGCAAGGGCUUCGGCUGGUUCACAUCUACGGUGACAAGAACGGCUACCACAGUGAACAAGGACUUCAUACAGCCUACGGCAAAGCAGGUUGGAGAGUCGGAUUUCGCGGCCCAGGCAAAGGUCUUUGGUGGGCGGAUCGGCCAGUCUGUCCAGCAAGGUGCGAGGAGCGCGACUGAGAACUUCAACAAAUUCGUCGAGGGGCCGGAAGCAGGCCAUGGUGCCUCGCGUAACGCACCCUUGGAUGAGAGCAAGAAGUCAUUCUGGGACGAUUUUGCCUCGUUGGCCGACCAGCGCAAGCCACAGAGCAGCUCGAUUGGAACAUCCGCGAUGGGCAAGGGCAAUAGCACCUCAGCGAGGCCCCCGCCAGCGAAGAAGGACGAAUGGGAUGAUUGGUGA